CUUUCUUUAAUGAAGGAAAAAUUCGAUGUAAAUGAAAAGAAACUUUUUGAAAGUCAACAAUUACUAGACGACUAUAAAGUACAAAUUCUUCAUUUAUCUAAUGAGCUGAAAUCAUUGAAAGCGCAAAUAAAACCACAAGUAUCAAAUACCGUUAGUGAUAAUGAUGUAUGCAGUCAGAUUAACAAUGAUAAUACUACUAAUCAAAAAGAUCGUGAAAUUCAUUUCAAUAGAUGUCAAAAAUUACUUUUAACAAAUACUAUUGAAAAAAUAUUAACAUUAUUAAAGCACAAUGAAAAUAUUACUACACAGUCAACUGAAUUAAUGGAUAUAUAUGUUCAUUGUUCACCAA